AACAUAUCACACAAACACAUAACACACAAAACCUGCAUUUUUUUUAGGAGGUAACUAUAUUCUAGCAUGGCUUAAAACACACAAGAGUCACAACUGAAGCUUUUUUGUCUCCAUUUAAUUAUUCUACCCUUCUAUUAGUUAACAAACAUUUCUGGUGAAGGCUCCUUACAAAUCCAGGAAUGUUUCACAGUAUGGUAUUAAACCUUUCUGUCUUCAUGGAGACCAGACCAAAUCAAGUUACAGGCCAGAUCUGUGGAGAGGUGACUGCUCACAGUCAGAAUGCCUGUUUUGUAGGUCCUUUGAGCUAUAAAACCAUCCGUAUUUCAUAGAGCUGAUUAAUGUCAUACUGUGGAAUAUUCCAGGCAGAGCAAUGAUAUAUCCAUAGAAACAAGCAGGUGACGGACCCUCCACCAGAAAAGUUACAUAAUGCACCUUUUAAGUUAACUAACAGCUCUACAGAAUUGUAGUGUACAGUGUCCUUUUUUAAAUGUAUUAUUAUUUUUUUAUUAUUAAAGGAAAACACUGAAAAUGCUCAAAGUGACCAGUGCCCACUUUCACAAACAAGGCAGUAUUGUCUCUCACAAAACAAUGGCGGACGUGUGCCUAAUAGACCAUGAUGUCAUUUUGCUUGCCGGUUGUCACUAAUGGUUCAAGUCUUCAGCUUUGUAAUGUGUUGAAAUUUUCCCUAUCAGGUACCAAACUAGAUCAGGACUAAACUGAAGGCUGCGUCACACUGUUCAGUCCUGCUUUGAGCCCACUUUAGUCCUGGUCUAGUUUUGGGUUUAGUCUCAAUUUUGAUCUGGUGAAUGUGCCUAUAGAAGGUAUAAACUAAAUCAGGAUUGAUACUAAAUGCUUAUUUAAGAAUGCAUAUACUGGACCUUUGCAGAAUAGCUUUAUUAGAACAUAGUAAUAUUAAAGAUAGCACUAUACUCAGGCCUAACUAUUUUUGCACUGGGGAGAACUACAUUCUAUUGUCAAAACAGAAUAGUUUGAUAAAUGACCCGGGUCUAAAACUGAAUUUAAACGGUAAGAGUUUAAAAACAAAGGACUAAGCUUAAUUUGUUAACUGUAAUUAUUAAAACAACUUGGCUAAAAUGUAACUGCCCAAAAUUUAAGACCUCACAAGGACAUGAGGCACUUGGUCUAAACCUGUACUAACUCUGGUCUUAAUGAGAUCUGAACCUGUAUUGGGACUCAAGGAGCGAAUCAUUGUCCAUUAUAUUAUUUUGUACAUCUACCAAGUAGAUUUCUGUCAGUCCCAAGCUAUCGGUGUCUAAUAGAAUGCUUAUAUCCUGUAUUCAGUGUAAGCCUUAAGUCCCUAUAGUGUGACUGCUGCUGUACUUUUGAAUGUUACUAUUGCACUCUGCUGGUUUGUGUGGAGCUGUUUGUCUUAAAUUGGAUAAAAUUGUGUGAAAUAUUAAAUAAAUGCUGUCUCUUUUCUCUACAGGCUCAAAUCCAGACUAACACUUGUAUUUAACAAAGAGGUGUAACUGGAUCCUGGUUUGUGCUGUUAAAGGCUUUACACAAACACGUGUUUUUUUUUUCUUUGUUUUUUUGUUUUGUUUUGUUUUUUUCUGUUAGUUACCUCCUCAGACUUGGGUCCAAAGAGUCCCAUGACAGUGUCUGUCAGUCCACCUGUGGAGUGGAGUAUGUGCCGUAUACUGUGCCCAUGUACCUGAUAGUGGUGGUCUAACACUGGCUUCUCUGGCCAUCUGUCAUAACAGACAACAGUUUACUGCAGUUACCUGUUAAUUACACUAAUUAGGAGUAGCUUCAUACCUUAUUUAGCACCACAAAGCAGUCUGUAGUUGUAUAGUGAGCUGGUCACCUCCACCGGGCCUCUGAAGUGCCGUUGUGGUGCGGGGGGGAAGGGGGUGGGGAAGGGGGGGUCAUCGCUGCAGUGUCCUGGGGCUCCAUGGCCUUGUUACGCGGGGCAGUGUCCGCGGCUGACCGCUAGAAGACGCUGUGCGUACGCGGAUACCCCUGACCAGACAGCGUGUGUGCGCGUGAGCGCGGUGGGCCCCUGCUCCCGUAGUGACACGCACACACGCACGCGCCCUCACGCACGGCCGCGCUGGCUUCGUGCCAGAUGCAUCCGAGGACUCUCACAAGAGGUGGAGUGGACUCCGGCCGUGAGAGAGGAGUCACCUUAAACUGACAGCCUCGUGUUUACAGCGCGGCACGAGCAUGAAUAAUGCAACUACAGCACGUGCAUCAUAUAAAGGCAACCCGGAAAUGAGGUGUAACUGCCACUGGGAGUAGCCAUAAAAACAUGAAUGAAUGGUGCUGUUAUUACUGAGCCUGAUAAAGGCACGACAUCUGAAGAUAAAUUAGGUUAUUUUAUUGUAGGCUUUAUAGUUUAAUCACUCAGACAAUAGAAGAUAACAGAUUCUAUAAUUGAGUAUGGACAUACUUUUGAUUUGGUAUUAAAUAACUACUUUACGAAUACAAUAAUACAGUGGGGUCAAGUCAAACUAAAGAGGAAAAAGUGUGCAUUUAAUAGUAUUUUAAUAGUAGCGUAGAUUAACCAUUCAGUAUUUUAAUAUUCUUUACAAUCUUAUGUAUCAUUUAUGUUUCUCGGUAAUACCAAUACUCGGCAAGGAAAACAAUAACCAAGAAUGAAUCAUUGUGAAAUGUUGUCCUGAACUGACCCUGUUUUAGUCCUGAUGCAGACUUGGCCGGGUCCUGUUGUAGUCCUGUUGUAGUCCUGGCGUAGUCCUGGCGUAGUCCUGUUGUAGUCCUGUUGUAGUCCUGGCGUAGUCCUGGCGUAGUCCUGGCUAGUUCAGGUUUAGUCUGGGUUUAGUCCCAGUUUUGAUGUGGUGUAUGUUUGUGAAGCCAACCUCUAAAAAUCCUCAUGCUGCCAUACACAGCAUAGUGCCUGUAUGUUUAAAAGCACACAGGAUUAAUUACUGGCCUACUCCAAUUUUAACUGAAUUUACAAACUGCAUAAAUGAGGGAUAAGUGGCUAUGAAAUAGUAUCAUAUUCCCAGUGAUGGGAAGAAUACUUCAAACCCUCUGACUUUAGAAAAGUAACUGUAUUCUAAAUACCACUAAAUGAAAGUGUCAUUGUACCAGAAUGCAGAUACAAUACAACAGACGCAGGAAGAAUGUGACAUUCUGAGGACCAUUCAAAAGAUAGAAGAUUGUGCUUUGAAAUGUUACAGGCUAAGGGUCAUUGGUCCUAGUUUUAAUGUAGACUUGGUUUGGUCUCGUUCUAGUCCUGGUUUUGUCCUGUAUUGUAAAAACAGACUCCAGUUCAUGUAUUUAGUUUUGAAGGUAACUGGUCCAAAUGACAGCCAGUCUGGCAUGAUUUAAGAGCUAGGGGUGUAAAAUACUGUGAGUUAUUGUAUAACUCUGCACAGUGAAGGGGUCAGCUGCUGCUGUGGAUAUAGGUCAAACAUGGAGACCAUAAACUGAAAUUGUUCUGUCCAUAUAGAAUGUUUCAUCUCAUCUCUUGUUUCGUAGUUAUGAUCAAAUAGCAAGAGCUUAUGAAUAUGGUUUCACAUAGUGUUAUUUUAGCCCCUUUAGUAGGUUUUAAGAUUCAAUACUUCAAUGUAAAAUUGGCGAUUGGUCUCGUUAUGGUGUUGUGUUAUGGUCUAUGGUUUUCAACGCCUUUGCACAAUACGUCUAACGGUUGUGACAAUAGGUAGGCUAUAUCCACAGACACUGUUUUAAAAACAUGUUUGUUAAAUAAUUUUCACUUUAAAUUGGAUAAAUCACACCUGGUAACAUUGGCAAAGGUUAGUGAAGUAAUUAAUAGCAGCGUGUAUUGUGUUGGUGUGACAUUAUUUGCCUUUCAAAUCUCGCUGGAGACAGCGGUGUCGGUCUGCUUUUGUUGAUACUCUUUAGCUCUGAGCUGCGGGUCAUUCAGGUGCUGGAGCAGGGGGCACUUCCGCGAACAGAUCCUGAACCGUUUUCUAUGAGAGUCUCUCUCCAUGUUAUUUGGUCUUUACGCGCCCUGACGCACAGCUCCACACGCACAUAUGCACGUAUGUUGUUUUUUCCUCGGUCCUCGGUCCCGUGGCCAGCCUCAGUCCACUUCCCGGGGUCGCUGUGGCCACGGCUGCUGCAGAGUCCACUUCGCGUUUUGAGCGACGCCCCCAAAUUCCGUGCCGAGUGUUUGAGACCCUCCGGGACGGAGAGGUGGAGGAGGAACCGCAGCUCCGCCGUCCGCCUCGCUCCAGCCGCGGCCAUUACUUUAUGACUUUAUCGUGGCUCUGACAGAAGAAAACAGCCGGACUCGUGAAGCGCUCCAGGGCUGAGCUGCAGAGAAUGGGAAUAGGGACCUGGGCCAAGGCUUUUGGCUGAAGCAGCAGCAGCACCGACCCCUGUGCCCCUGUGCCCCUCGUCCCUCGGUCCUCUGUCUCACAGGACAAACCCAAACGCACCAUGUCCACGGCGGUCGACAUGGCGGGCCCCUCGUCUCCAGACCAGGCCCAUAGCAGCAGCACCAAAAUCCCCCACGAGCCUUUGCGUCCCAGUCUGAGGCGCUCCAGUCACCCCUAUAGCCUGUCCCACUACAUGAGCGGCCCCCCGGAGGUGAAGGGCCCCCCUCCCUCAGAAGCCCCCCAGCAGAAGUCUUCACAGCCCUCACACAAGCCGCGCAGGGCUCCGGUGGCGGUGUGGCCUGACAUGUGGGAGUCUCCCAGCGGGCUGCACCUGGCGCACGCUGCGGAGCUGCUGAUGCGGGCGGGGCUCCUGGCUCUUACCCCGGCCUCAGCGGAGCAGGCGGGGGCCCAGCCUGGGGCUACCAGGAGGGACAGUGCGGAGGGCAAGAGGGGAGACGGCUCCAGCCCUGAGGAGGAAGAGGAUGAUUCACCUGGAUGUGGGGCGGACUACCAGCCUUACCUGGGUGCCUGGUUCCCCUUCAGCCCGGCUCUGUUCCCUCUGACGGGGUUCCAAAUGGGAGGAGGCCAGUGGAGGAGCGCGGCCCUGGGAGCGGACAGCUCGGACGGGCUGGGGGCCGAGGGUCUCUCUCCGAGCUCUGUCGGGGGUGCAGGCAGCAGCCGGAGGAAGAGGAAGAGGUGUGGCGAGUGCGUCCCGUGUCGACGCCAGACAAACUGUGAACAGUGCAGCAGCUGCCGCAACCGCAAGAGAGGACACCAGAUCUGUAAAUACAGGAAGUGUGAGGAGCUGAAGAGAAAGCCUGGCAUGGAUGGGAGGGCAUCUGGCUUUGAAGGUCUGAGGGGCUCUGACUUCACUUUGGGGAUGUCACAGGAGCGGAGCCCCAGGGCUCUAGAUGGAUAGUGAAGUUAAGGUGUGAUUCUGAAGGAGCAGAGUGAGAGGACACUGGUAAAGCUCCAGAGAGAAAGUCCACAGUUGUCACAUCUAGGCAUGGGAUGGUCUGAGGUCUCACUGAGGUCUAAUCACAGUAUUAACUCUGUGUUAUUACUGCGUCCAUGUAAAAGAAGUGACGACUUCAAGUACCAAAAACAGAACAAAGCACUGGAGUAACUUAUACUGAAGUAAAGUAAAGUUAAAGUUAAAGUACUUUUGAUGACCAGGAGGAGCUUGGUUUAGAGUAGGCCUAAAUGACAGACAAACUCAGAGCUAAAUGUUGGGCUUUACAAUUAAGGAUUUAAACUUAUUGUGGCAAUGCACACUCUUUAGUUCUCUUUUAUACAGAGUUGAUGUCUGUAACCACUUUUGAUGCUUCUGCUGUUGAUGUCACAAAAAUAACAGCAAUUUGGUGCUCUUAAUUUCAUUCAAUUGAUAUUGGAGAUGAGUAAUUAGCGAUUAGAUGAAUAAGGUUUCGCAUUCAAAGGCCGGUGAAAUUGUGCUACAAAUGAAAACUGAAAACACUUCCUUUUAAUACUGUUAAAAUGCUAUACUGUCUAAACCUGAUGUGUAAGAAUCAAACAAGAUUUUAGCAAAAAAUGUCUUCAGUUGUUUUGUUAUAAUGUUAUAAACAAAAAUUAAAAGUGCUCAAGACAUUUGUAAUAUUUGUUAACCUAAACACUAUUGCUACCAAAUAUGGGAAAUGAUAAUGGGUCAAUUUGAGAAGCUACAGACUGGCAGGUCUGGUAAUACACAUACUAAGCAACAAAAACAUUCAAGUGUCUAAUAUGUCUUUAAUUUCCAUUAUUUAUAAUUGUCAAUGAUUAUUAUUGAAUAAGCUUAUUUAUUAAAAACCACAACAUCAGGUUAUCUGUUUGUCAAUAACAGUUUGAUAAGACAUCUUAUUGAUACUUUGCCAUGGGGGUGUUCUGCAUGUAUGUUCAGCAGUUACCAUGGUUACAUUGCACACAUAGCAAACACAGCCAAAACAUUUAAGAUAUUCUGAAAACAAUAAUUAUAAUGUUAUCAAUACAAGUUGUUAUGAAUUUGUUUGAGGUUCAACAAAAAAGGUGAGGGCGACUAACUGAGAAAUGCUAGCUUGAAUGGUGCUUGUUUAACACUACAAAUCAACUCAACUGUUGUCGUCCCAGCAAAGUUAGUUCUUUAUGAUCAGAUAAAGCUCAGAUUAAGUCUAACUUCAGUACCAGAGCUUCAGACAGAGCAGUGCCUCCGGUUAGCAUCACCCCCCCAGAGAGAUAUUGUUGACAUCAGCUGCAAAGUAUCAAUCAAUUAAAUGAAUUCUCAGAUUGUAUUUCCUUUCUACCAAUGUAAACGCCACAAGACCUUUUAUUUGAUUUGAUUUCACCCCCAUUGUUACUAUAAUACUGUUGACCAAAUUCUACUUCAUAUCGACACUGUCCCAUGCCUAGUCACAUGGUAAAUUGACAAUCAGCGAAUGGCAGCAAGACCGAAGGAUACCAAUGUGUGAGCAUAUUAAACCUGUAAAUAGACUGUAAAUGUACAUAGCUGGAUUAAAAAAACAUUAUUGUCUUUUUUUACAUCCCUUUGCAGUUUGGAUGUAUUUGUUGUUCAAAAAUAAGUCGCCAAAAUGUUUUCUGAAACUUUUUUUUUUUUUUUUUUUUCAGUUUUUAUGACGUCGCUGCAUCGAAAAUGAAUGAGUUUAAGCCUAGGCUAAAUUAUUUCAUGUGCAACUUGUACUGUAUAGCUCUGUUUUGAAAUAAAAGUGAGUGG